AUGAGAAAUCCUACAACUAAUGUGGACAUUAACAAAAAGGUCAGUGCUAUGCAUUAUUCUGCAUAUCGAAUGAUGAUUCGUGAGAAUGCUGAUAAUCAUAUAUUGAAAUGCAGACAAUUAUUUCAUCAAUACAUUGUUGACAUGUAUGCAAAAAUAGAAAGUGAAAGACUCCUCUACAUACGACUAAAUCAACUCAAAUUGCGUUCUGAAGAAUACAUCCAUUUACGUGAUGCAGUUGUAAAUGAUGGCAAUCUCAGUGAAAUUGGAAAAAUAGUCAUUUUACCAUCCACAUAUACAGGCAGCCCAAGACACAUGCAUAAAUAUGCACAAGAUGCAAUGACGCAUGUUCGUGCAUAUGGUCGUCCAGAUUUUUUCAUCACAUUCACAUGUAACCCAGCAUGGGAUGAAAUAAAGGAGCUUCUAUUAACUGGACAAUCACCAUCAGAUCGUCAUGAUAUUUCUGCACGUGUAUUUAAACAAAAGUUAAAAUCCUUAAUGGAUUUUAUUGUCAAACACCAUGUAUUUGGAGAGACGCGCUGUUGGAUGUAUUCCAUUGAAUGGCAAAAAAGAGGUUUACCACAUGCGCAUAUUUUAAUAUGGAUGAUGGAAAAGAUAACACCUAACAGAAUUGAUGAAAUCAUCUCUGCAGAAAUACCAGACAUUGAAAUUGAUAAAGAUUUGCACGAUAUUGUCUCAAAAAAUAUGAUUCACGGUCCAUGUGGCUCACUAAAUAAUAAUUCACCAUGCAUGUCAGAUGGAAAGUGCACAAAGCGGUAUCCUAGAGACUUACUUGCUGAAACUAUUACAGGCAAUGAUGGAUAUCCACUCUAUCGACGACGAUCUACCGAAGAUGGUGGAAAAUCCAUUAAACUAAAAGUACUCAACAAUACUAUUGAUGUUGAUAAUCGUUGGGUAGUACCAUAUUCUCCAUUACUACUAAAAACGUAUAACGAGCACAUAAAUGUUGAGUACUGCAAUUCAGUGAAAGCUAUAAAAUAUAUUUGCAAAUAUGUGAACAAAGGAAGCGAUAUGGCAGUGUAUGCACUGGAAAAUACAACUGCUUCUAACGAUGAAGUCACCCAAUAUCAACUGGUACGCUACAUCAGUAGUAAUGAAGCUGUAAGGCGUAUUUUAUCAUUUUCCAUUCAUGAGCGAUAUCCAACGGUUGUUCAUUUAGCAGUACAUCUUGAAAAUGGACAUCGUGUGUAUUUUACAUCAGAAAAUGUACGUGCAAGAGCAAUGUCACCACCGCCAACAACAUUAACUGAAUAUUUCACAUUAUGUAGAAAUGAUAUCUUUGCAAGGACACUACUGUACUCUGCAGUACCAACUUAUUUUACGUUGAAUACAUCAGCAAGAAAAUUUCAGCGUCGUAAACAAGGUAGAGCAGUACAAGGUCAUCUAAAUUUAUACUCCACAGAUGCAUUGGGUCGUCUGUACACUGUACAUCCAAAUAACGCAGAAUGCUAUUACCUGAGAUUAUUAUUAAUCAAUGUUCGUGGACCAACAUCUUUCCAAGAAUUAAAAACAGUCAAUGACCAAUGUGUCAAUGUGUCAAUGAGUCAAUGUGUGUGCUACAUUUCAUGA